AGGCUGCAAAUGUACAACAAUGAUGGAAGGAUUCGCUGCUUUGAUUCUUCUGACUGCAUUGUCUCUGACUCAAACUGCAGAGGUUCCUCAGCAAAUGUCUUUGGCCAUGGCUGAAGUUGGCGCUGACUUGAACUUGACAUGUCAAGUCCCCACUGCAGAGCUCGUUUUGUUUUUCUGGUAUAAGGUGAAAUUUGGAUAUAUGAUUCAAACUGUUGCUAAAGGAGCUGGACUUGUUGGGCAGUUUAACAACCCGAGAUUCAAAAUCAUAAGAAACGGUGAUCUAUACACACUUAGCAUAGGAAAUGUAAGCGAAGAAGAUGAAGCAACAUACUACUGUCAAUCAGGAGAGCCCUACAUGACUCCAUCAUUUAAUGGCACAAUUCUGGUGGUGAAUGAUCAUAAAAAUCUAGAGAAACAAGUCUAUGUGAAACAAAGUCCGGAGUCAGAGUCAGUGGACGUGGGACACUCGGUCACUCUCGAGUGUUCACUCCUCUCCACGGACAAAGAAAACGCAGUCCAGUGUGCAGGUGAACACAAAGUGCACUGGUUCAAAAACGGAUCAGGAGGAUCAAACCCUGGUGUCCUCUACACAAGCAGCAGCAGGAGGAAUGAUCGAGAGGAGAAGACAUGCAUCUACAGUCUGUCCAAAACUAUCCAGAACUCUGCUGACACUGGGAAUUACUACUGUGCUGUGGUCACAUGUGGGCAGAUUCUGUUUGGUGAGGGAACCAAAGUGGACACAAAACCAGAACUGUUACCACUGGUCAUUGUGCUCUCGACACUGAUGUCCUGCUUUGUCCUUGUGAUUGCUGUUCUAGUUCUCUGCAGAGAAAAUAAGUGACUGCAUCCCUGCGCUGUGAGUGGAGAGAGAGAGGAGGCGUCAUCGUGGGGAGGGAAGUUUAAAAAGUAGGAGGAGAGAGAGAUCGGCAGGAGAAUGGCUCAAAAUGUCUUUGAUUUUUCUCCUCAGUUGGUUGGAGGUUACCGGAAGUCCUAUGAUCGAGUUUAGUUUAUUUCAUCUAUUUUUCUUUUUGGGGAUGCGCUGGGUCCAGACGCUACCCACCUUUUGCUACUUUUGCCGGGAUCUCCAAUCCUUUUCUUUUGUUCACUUUGUGGCUGAAAUGAUGAGCUUAUUAAAAAAUAAACACGACUUAUUAAUUGG